UCAGAGACUCAAAACCCAGAAACAAAAAAAAAAAAAAUUGGAUGAGAAAAAUGGAGGCUCGGCGGAGCAAUAAGGCGGCGGUGUUGAUCGUAGUUCUGCUGGUCUGCUUUGUGGGACGAAUCGCGGCGCUGUCGGUGACGGUGAACGACAUCGAAUGCGUAUACGAGUAUGUGCUCUAUGAAGACGACACCGUUUCUGGGAACUUCGUUGUCGUAGACCAUGAUAUCUUCUGGGCUAACGAUCAUCCGGGUCUGGAUUUGAUUGUGACAUCUCCUGGGGGUAAUGCAGUGCACACUUCAAAGGGAUCAUCUGGAGACAAGUUUGAGUUUAAGGCCCCUAGGAGUGGAAUGUACAAGUUCUGUUUCCACAAUCCAUAUUCAACUCCGGAAACAGUUUCAUUCAAUAUACACGUCGGCCAUAUUCCUACUGAGCACAACAUUGCCAAGGAUGAACAUCUAGACCCUAUCAAUGUGAAGAUAGCUGAGCUUAGAGAAGCACUGGAGUCAGUUACAUUGGAGCAAAAGUACUUGAAAGCACGUGAUGCUCGUCACCGUCAUACGAAUGAGAGCACAAGAAAGCGGGUUGUGCUUUACACAAUGGGAGAAUACUUGAUGCUAGUUGCCGCUAGUGGUCUACAAGUUAUAUACAUUCGCCGCCUCUUUAGCAAAUCAAUUGGAUAUAAUCGGGUUUGAGUUGCUAGGUUAAUGUUUCUGUAUUCUAACUGGAUACCAUUUAUACAUUAUUAUCUCAGAUACAUCUUUGUGUACCAUUUGUGUAACAUUAUGGUACUUUUAUAUUUUUUUUUCUUUUCACCUUUCAUGUGCAUUGAGAUUUUCCAGUCUUGUUUAGUAUUUGCUGCGGGUUAAUCUUAUAGCUGCUCCAUGACAGUUGCCUCUGGCAUUUCAUUUGUAUUGACAGACAAUAUGAAGAUAAGCGAAAUAUCAAAUUUUAUAUUAA